AUGGAUAUCUCCAAGAACGAGUCCGUUCGCGAGUUCGAACGGAUGGACACCUUGGAGAAAUACAUAGAGAAUGACCGAGACGAUUCCGAUUCGAUUCGAUUCGAAGCUCUUGGAGAUGAUCUGCCUCCCGGUUACUUCUGGUCUCCUCGAUUCCUGGGUGCUAUGGCGGGUUUCUGUCUAUCUGCACUAUCGGCAUACAUCUUCUUGAUCCUGCCGACCAACGUUUUGACAUUUAUCAACGCCGAUAUUGGUCCGAGUCCAUAUAUCUCUUGGGUCAACAUUGCCCGAACGCUCUCCCUUUCCUUUACUUACACCAUUCUCGGCCGCUUGUCCGAUCUCUUCGGUCGACGAUGGUUCUUCAUCGGCGGCAAUUGCGUCGCUAUUGUAGGCAUCAUUGUUUGCGCCGUUGCGCAAAAUGUGAACACCCUCAUCAUCGGCGCAGCGAUCUACGGGUUAGGAGAGACGGUGCAGCUGAGCUUUAACGUUGCGGUUGGCGAACUGGUUCCCAACAAGUAUCGACCUAUGGUUCUUUCCUGCAUCUUCGCGACAAAUGCGCCCAUCGCCACCUUUGGCCCCAUCAUCGCUCGCAAGUUCGUCGAGAACCCCAAGCUGAGUUGGAGAUGGUGCUUCUACAUCAACAUCAUUGCCGUUGGUCUUGCCAUCGUCCUUCUGUACCUGUUUUACCACCCGCCAACGUUCGAACUCCUUCAUGACCGCAAAACCAAGAGACAGCUGCUCAAAGAGCUUGAUUAUCUCGGAAUUUUCUUGUGGACCGCCGGCUUGACCCUCCUCUUGAUGGGUGUCUCUUGGGGUGGAGUCAUGUUCCCCUGGGACUCCGCAGCAACUAUCUCAAGCUUGGUUAUCGGCGUUGGCCUCCUCGUUGCGCUCUUCUGCUGGGAGGCGUUCGCGAACCUUACAUAUCCUGCCAUUCCCGUCAAGUUCUUUGCCAACCGUGGCUUCAUGGCUCUCGUCUGCUGCGCAACGGUUGCCAGUAUGUUCUACUACUCGGCCGUUCUCCUCUGGCCUCAACAGGUUCAGGCCUUAUACACAACGGAUAUCAACUACGGUGGCUGGCUCUCUUCUACAGUGGCCAGCUCGACUGCACUUGGCCAGGUGUGUGCCGGUGCAAUCGUCAAGUGGGGAGGAAACGUCCGAUACUGGAUCAUCUUCUCGACCUUCGCCAUGGUUGGCUUCGUCGGCGCUCUCGCCUCUUUGACCCCUGAGACACUGAACACUGGUAUCGCCCUCACGAUUCUGGGCCCUUUCUUCGUAGGAUUCAUCGAGCUCGCGUCACUCGCUUUGGCACCCCUCUUCUGCAAGCCGGCAGACAUCGGUCUGGCCUCGGGUCUGCUGGCAUCCAUCCGUUCCGCAGGAGGUUCUAUCGCCGUUGCUGUUUACACCUCGAUCUUGUCCAACCGUCUCGCCACCACCAUCCCCGCGGCAAUCACCCAGCCAGCUACUGCUGCAGGAUUCCCCGCCAGCCAGAUUCCCGCGCUCGCAAAGGCAAUCCAAGGUAACAAGUUGAAGACCUUUCCAGGCUUGAGCACGGCUGUCAAGGAAGCCGUCUCUAAGGUCCUGCCUACUGCCUACUCCAAGGCAUUUGAGACCGUUUAUCUCGCUAGUUUGGGUUUCGGAGCUAUCGCCAUUGUCGGCUGCUUGUUCUCGAUGGAUGCCCAGAAGCACCUGACCAACAAGGUCGAGCGUCGCAUGAGACCCAUUAUGCCUCGACGGCCAUCUAUGUCGGCCUCCGUUCAGUCGGCCACGUCUCCCUCCUCGGUGGGCUCGUCGACGGUCCAGGAAAGUUCUGGGAUGACACAGCAGAAUGUCGAACUGCAGAAGAAGCGGGCCAGAGACAGAAAAUCUCAACAAGCCAUGCGUGAUCGUAACAAGUGGACGAUACAGAACUUAAACGACCAAAUCGCCUACUUGAAUUCUGCGAUGGAGGAGAGGAGCCAAGAUGUUGCCAUGCUUCAAACACGAAUUGGGGUUCUCGAGAGUGAGAACGCACAGCUCAGAGCACAGAAUGCUGCACUGCAGCUGAGCCUGAUGGGACGAAAUGAUAACUCUGGACCCGGCGAUGACUCCUUCGUAUUUGAAAGACGGCUUUCUGAUAGUCCAUGGGAGCUACCUUCCCGGAAUACUGCGCCGGGUUGCAUUGCGGACCAAGUCUUACAGGGCUUCGUGGAUUCCGUUCGAUCUGGCAGUAUUCUGACAUCCACAUCCUCCUAUACCCUCAAGCCCAAGGUUUCCGCAUUGGUGCAACAGCAAGGAAGAUCGGAAGAUGAUAUCAGCAACGUUGUUGCAGACGUCGUACGGACGUAUCCCGAGAUAGAGACCCUCCCGAAGCAAGUAGCCGUAUUUCAGAAUAUGGCACUACUUUUGAAGUGGAUGGUCCUCCUCGACAAGCAAAGUUGGGAUCUAAUGCCAUCCUGGUUGAGGCCAGUGCCUGCACAGCUCACCACACCACAUGCCGCCUGGAUUGAUAGAAUUCCUUGGCCUCGAGUUCGGGAGUAUCUUAUCGCGAAUCCCGACAUCACCCUCGACGACUGGGCAGCCACCUACAGCUCGAGCUUUGAUGUAAGCUGGACCUACGAGCCUUCAUUGGUCCUCAUCACUGUGGCUACAGAUGGUCCCGAAAUGUCUGAAAUAACCAUCAACCCGGUCUACGAAGAACAUCUACGGCAGCUGAAGAACUGGACGGUGGGCAGUCUGUUUCGCCAGCGAGUUCCCGAAAUCGCAGACCUCAUAGAUCGGGACACCCUGGAAAACGGAGUCUGUGGUGAAUUCAAUACUUCAUGA